GGGGGACAAGUAUUUUGUUUCGACCGGCAUGAUCAACAAGAUAUUAGAGCUCCAUUCGUGAUGCUGAUCCUAGUAACAGGCAAAGCAACCGAGCAGCAACAACACCGUCACCGGCACCGGUUCGGCCUUACGCGAUGAAGCGGACCACUUUGGAGGAUCGCCUGAUGCCUCGCCAUUGCAACACAGUAGAACGAGAACCCGAAACGCGAGAAAUCCGGUUUGAUCGGUUUCUGGAUAGCAGCACGUUGGAACUACGCAGAUCGCCGCUUAUAUUGUGUCUAACGCUGGACCACACUAAAGGCUACAACAUACCACGGACACUGGGAGAUCGCCAAGACAUUUUUGAAUAGUUAAUAAGUUCUGAAACGCAGCCACCGACUUUCAGUCGAUUGUCGCCGCCCAAACCGAGUGCAACAAGUGUCUCAAGAAGUCUCCCGGAAGUGAACGAAACGGAUACAGUGUUGCAAAGUGACCGUUAUCUUUGUUUGAGAAAGAUUAAUCUAAACAGUGUUAGCAUCUUGUGCUUCAAGAAGAGUGAACAUGCCCGAAUAUAAGUACUUGUCCGGUUUCGGGUCUCACUUCUCGUCAGAAGAUCCCCGUUGUCCAAAUGCCCUGCCAGAGGGACAAAACUCACCACAAAAGUGCGCCUAUGGACUAUACGCCGAACAGCUGUCGGGCAGUGCUUUUACGGCGCCCCGCACAGAGAAUACGCGCUCCUGGCUGUACCGUAUCCGACCAUCGGUGGUCCAUCAACCAUUCGUCCGGUACGAAGGUGUGGCUCCGUACUUGCGCGGAACCGCCUGGGAAGAGCAGCACCCGAAUCCGAACCAGAUGCGCUGGAAUCCGUUCGAUUUACCGGCCGCGGGACGUGAAGUAGACUUCUUAUCCGGUUUACAUACGGUCUGUGGAGCAGGCGAUGUUCGCGCUCGGCAUGGGCUUGCCGUGCACGUCUACCUGGCCAACAGUUCGAUGAAGGACACGGCGUUUUACAAUAGCGAUGGAGACUUCCUCAUAGUUCCCCAGCAAGGUGCUCUGGACAUUACCACCGAGUUUGGUCGCUUGUAUGUCAAACCGAACGAAAUCUGCGUCAUUCCGCAGGGUGUACGCUUCACCGUGGCACUGGAAGGUCCGUCCCGUGGUUACAUCCUAGAGGUGUACGACGGUCACUUCCGCUUGCCCGAUUUGGGCCCGAUCGGAGCGAACGGUUUAGCGAAUCCGCGUGAUUUUCUCGCACCUACCGCAUCAUUUGAGGAUCGCACCGUUGACGGAUAUCGUAUCGUGUCCAAGUACCAGGGAGCCUUAUUUGUGGCCAAACAGUCCCACUCCCCGUUCGAUGUAGUUGCCUGGCACGGAAACUAUGUGCCGUACAAGUACGAUCUGGCUCGGUUCAUGGUUAUCAACUCGGUCAGCUUCGACCACUGUGAUCCGAGCAUUUUCACCGUGCUGACCUGCCCAAGCAAUCGACCAGGGACAGCGAUCGCCGACUUUGUUAUCUUCCCUCCGAGAUGGUCUGUCCAGGAGGGUACCUUCCGGCCACCAUACUACCAUCGUAAUUGCAUGAGUGAGUUCAUGGGACUAAUCUUUGGACGCUACGAAGCUAAAGAAGGAGGCUUCCUGCCGGGCGGUGCUUCCCUGCACUCCAUGAUGACACCACACGGUCCGGAUCAUCGGUGCUUCGAGGGCGCAUCAAACGCGGAACUUAAACCGGAACGCAUAGCCGAUGGCACCCAGGCGUUUAUGUUCGAAUCGUCCCUGAGCAUGGCCGUGACACGGUGGGGAGAACAGACGUGCCAGAAACUAGACGCCCGCUAUUACGAGUGCUGGCAGGCGCUAGAGAAACACUUUCACCUGUAACGCCGUGCCGUGCUUUCGGAUAAGUCGCCUUUUGCGCCUAGUUUUGGUUGUUCAAUUUCCGAGUGUUUGUUUUAUUAUCCUGUAUUUUCACAUCGAACUUUGUGUUUCGGGAUUCCUUUGAGUCAAUUAGAUAUUCGCCAUCUAUUUGUGUUUUCUUUUACUCAAUAUUUACGAAUAUAAUCCUUUCAGAAGCAAAUCUUUUUGUAAAUCAUAUAUGUCCGCUUAUGCUCGGUCCUGGUAAUGAAAUAAUUAUGAUAAAGUGAUUCUUUGCUUUUUGCGUUGUGCUGUUCGAUACAAUAAACCGUGUGCACGUUCAGCACAACACCUUCCCA